GUGGCAUAGCUCGAAGGCGGGGAAAGGGAAGCGAAGUGGUGAGUUUCGGUAAACGUGGUCCCGUCUAUAAAAGGCCUGAACGAGGAAAUUCAAGCAGUUCGGUGGUUGCUCAUCGACAGGAACGCGUCUCCGUUAACAGAACACCCGACUUUUCUAACAGAAUCGACGAAGCGAGAUGUCCGCAGCGGGACCGGAAAAGAUGAUCGCCGGUACGGUGGCCGAAGCCGCGGCCACCGGACUCUCGGCGACCUCAGUUUUCUUCACCCUACUAGUCCCUGCCCUUGUCCUUUACUUCAUCUACUUUAGGGUCUCGAGGCGUCACAUGCUCGAACUCGCGGAGAAGAUCCCCGGACCCGAGGGCUACCCGGUCAUCGGAAACGCCUUGGAAUUCCUCGGAAGUGCUGACAGCAUCUUCCGCAACAUCUACAAACGCUCCUUCGAAUUCGACCAGGUUAUCAAGCUCUGGAUCGGACCGAAACUCAUCAUCUUCCUCGUGGACCCCCGCGACGUUGAGGUCGUUCUCUCCAGCCACGUGUACCUCGACAAAUCCACCGAAUACAGAUUCUUCAAGCCCUGGUUGGGAAAUGGACUUCUCAUCUCCACCGGACCGAAAUGGCGCGCUCACCGUAAACUGAUCGCGCCAACGUUCCACUUGAACGUUCUCAAGAGUUUCAUCGACCUGUUCAACGCGAAUUCGCACGCGGUAGUAGAACGUAUGCGCAAGGAAGAAGGCAAGCCUUUCAACGUCCACUACUACAUGUCCGAAUGCACGGUCCAAAUUCUCCUCGAGACUGCGAUGGGAGUGUCGAAACAAACGCAAGAUCGCAGUGGCCUCGAAUACGCAAUGGCUGUUAUGAAAAUGAACGGAAUCAUCCAUCUCCGUCACACCAAGGUCUGGUUGAGGCCUGACUGGCUGUUCAAUCUCUCCAAGUACGGCAAGGAACAGAUGCACCUUCUCGAGAUCAUUCACGGACUGACGAAGAAGGUAAUCCAGCGUAAGAAGGACGACUUCAAGUCCGGAAAGAGGAACUUCAUCAGCACGAGCACCGCGGAGGCCAAGAACGCGGACACCGUUCAGGGACUUUCUUUCGGACAGUCUGCCGGUUUGAAGGACGAUCUUGACGUCGAUGACAGCAACGACGUUGGCGAGAAGAAGAGGCUGGCCUUCCUGGACCUCCUCGUCGAGGCCAGCCAGGACGGAGUCGUCCUGACCGACGAGGAAGUCAAGGAACAGGUCGACACGAUCAUGUUCGAGGGUCACGACACCACCGCCGCCGGAUCGAGCUUCUUCCUCUCGGUGAUGGGAUGCCAUCCUGAGAUCCAAGAAAAAGUGAUCCAGGAAUUGGACCAGAUCUUCGGAGACAGCGACCGACCGGCCACUUUCCAGGACACCCUCGAGAUGAAGUACCUCGAACGUUGCCUCAUGGAAACUCUGCGCAUGUACCCACCUGUGCCUCUCAUCGCUCGUCAGAUCCAAACCGACCUCAAGCUUGCUUCCGGCGACUACACCGUACCGGCUGGAUGCUCCGUCGUCAUCGCGACGUUCAAGAUGCACCGUCAACCCCACAUCUACCCGAACCCCGAUGUCUUCGACCCGGACAACUUCUUGCCCGAGAAGACGGCGAACCGCCAUUACUACGCCUUCGUACCGUUCUCGGCUGGACCCCGUUCCUGCGUCGGCCGCAAAUACGCCAUGCUCAAACUGAAGAUCCUCCUUUCCACCAUCCUGAGAAACUACCGCGUGCGAUCGUGCGUCAAGGAGUCCGACUUCAGGCUCCAGGCUGACGUAAUCCUCAAUCGUGCCGAGGGCUUCAAGAUUCAACUUGAGCCCAGACGAGUUGCCCAAAAGGCGUAAACAAAAGGAGUUUAGUUUAUCGCGCCAAUUAAUUUAACAAACACGAGAGCGUCACGCGGCUAGACAUCGACGCAAUAUUUAUUUAUUCCCUUCUUUUAAUCCCCUUCCGUUAUUCUUUUCCACCGUAGCGAUAUUUACUAAUUCUUAUCAUUUAUACCAUAUUUAUCACUUGCAAUAAUUUAUGCAGCGUACAAGCUGCAAAAUCUUGCA